AUGUCUCUAGAUGACUUAUGUUUUAAUGCUGAAAGUGGUAACAACAGGGGAAGGAUGGGAAGGAGGCGCUAUGACAACGACGAAAACCAAACAUUCAAAUCGAAGAACCUGGAGGCGGAAAGGAAGAGAAGAGAGAAGCUCAGUACCAGGCUCUUGAUGCUGCGGUCUUUAGUACCGAUUGUCACAAAUAUGAACAAGGCAACGAUUAUUGACGAUGCAAUCACUUACAUUAAGAAAUUGCAAGAGGAGGUUGUGAGCCUCACCCAAGAGCUUCAGGAAGUGGAAGUAACCUUAGAAAUUUCAAAGCCAAAGGUAGAUGAACUUGUUGAUGCUGCAGAAGAGAUGAAGAAAUGGGGGAUACAGGAAGAGGUACAGGUGACACAAAUGAAUGGGAACAAAUUGUGGGUGAAGAUGAUCAUUGAGAACAAGAGGGGGACUUUCAGGAAAUUGGCGGAGUCUCUCGAUACUUGUAGCAUUGCAAUGAUGGACACCAAUCUCACAGCCAUAAAAGGAGCCUUAGUAAUAACAACCUGCAUACAGGGCAUGGAUGGUGAAGCACUUGAAGUUCAUCAAAUCAAACAAUUGUUGCUAGAAAUUGUCAGAGCCAUUUAGAGGAACCGGAUACAUUGUCUCUUAUGCAUUCAUCCAUCAAAUUGAAAUGAGCUUUAGUUUAUUUUAUUGUUCAAUAGUACGAUUGGACAAGUUUAAUAUGCUUCAGUUAUGUAUGUCAAGAGAACUCUAAAACUACAUGCUUGCAAAUUGAUGAUAACUAGACUCAAAUCCGCACGAUCGGUGGCAAAAUAAAUGAGUAGAAUGUCUCAGUAUAGUUUUCCUAGC